AUGAAUGUUCGAAUUCGAAGCUCCUGGAUAGCCGGUGUUGCCUGUGUGAUGGCAAUUGUUCCUAUUGCGAUGGGUUUUCCCGACGGAGCUCCGGCGGACACGUGCGUGAAAAGUCGCACCAAUGAGCCAAACCAUGGCGCGGCACGCACCCAAAGCCAAGCCUCGUUACCCUAUCAGGUUACGGCGAGUGGAAACGCGUACGGACCUGGCACACAGAUCCAGGUCACUAUUGAUGGGCGUCAGGAUGUGUUCCGGGGAUUUUUCCUGCAGGCACGGGAUGCGCAAACAAACGAGUGGAUCGGUUCCUGGUAUGAGACGCCGAAUACGAAAACCAUUCCGGAGUGUUCUUCGGUAACGCACGCGGACAAUCGCGAUAAGCAACAGGCCACGUUUGUUUGGCAAGCUCCUCGCGAUCGGCAAGGGCAGGUUUACUUCACCGGCACGAUUGUAAAGAACUAUGGUACGUUCUGGUCUAGCGUGAUUGCGGCUGUACCACAAACGCCACUACAGCUUCAGUUGUUGCAACAGGUUUUUUAA